AUGGAGGAGUCUUUCGUCCUCCGAAAUGGUCGCACGAUGCAUCGCCUGACUCAAUCGACAGAGCGGAAGCAGCCUACCGUCAGCGAAACAACCAACCAUACGGAGAGCAUAGCAACCAAUUCGCGAAAUCUGGAGAAGCAAACCCGGCAUCUUGAACGGCACUUCAGUUGGCCUCAUGCUGCAGUGAAUGCAAGCGAAUUAGAUGUCGAUAUAAACUAUCCAACAGGAGAAGAAAUAUCUGUCCUGGAACGCGCAGAGGAACCACACUCAGAUGGCUUGUCUUCUGUUGCGUUUAGAGCGAGAGGAACAACUGUGACAAUUCGCCUGACUGAGGUUCUUCGUUAUCUGAAGCAAGGAAAAAUGCCUUUAUAA